CAAUUCCAUUGUCUUGCAAACACGCGACAACCGACAAGAUGCCCUCCACAUACAAGAAGGACAAGCCGUGGGACACGGACGACAUCGACAAAUGGAAAAUCGACGCCUUCACACCGGCCGACAACGCCGGCGGCACAUUUGCUGAGGAAUCCUCCUUCCAGAUCGUUUUCCCCAAGUACCGCGAAGUGUACCUCAAGGAGGCAUGGCCCCUCGUCACAAAGGCUCUCGAGAAGACGGGCAUCGCUUGCUCGCUCGACUUGAUUGAGGGUUCAAUGACCGUCAAGACUACAAGAAAAACAUUUGACCCCGCCGCCAUUCUCAACGCCCGCGACCUCAUCAAGCUCCUGGCCCGAAGCGUCCCCGCGCCGCAGGCUCUCAAGAUUCUCGACGACGGCGUCGCAUGCGACAUCAUCAAGAUCCGCAACCUGGUCCGCAACAAGGAGCGCUACGUCAAGCGCCGCCAGCGCAUCCUCGGCCCCAACGGCUCGACCCUCAAGGCCCUCGAGCUGCUCACCCAGACCUACAUCCUCGUGCAGGGCAGCACCGUCUCCGUCAUGGGCCCCUACAAGGGCCUCAAGGAGGUGCGCCGCGUUGUCCAGGACUGCAUGGAGAACAUCCACCCCAUCUACCACGUCAAGGAGCUCAUGAUCAAGCGCGAGCUCGCAAAGGACCCGGAGCUCGCCGAGGAGAGCUGGGACCGCUUCCUGCCUAAUUUCAAGAAGAAGUCGCUCAGCCGCCGCCGCGUGCCGCACAACGUCACGGACAAGACCAAGAAGGUCUACACGCCCUUCCCGCCCGCGCCAGAGAAGAGCAAGGUCGACAAGCAGAUCGAGACGGGCGAGUACUUUUUGGGCAAGGAGGCCAAGAACAAGGCCGCGCAGGCCGAGCGCUUGGAGCAGCAGAAGCAGAAGAAGGAGGAGAAGUUGCGCGAGAGGGAAAAGGACUUUAUACCCCCCGAAGAGCUCGGCCACAAGAGGAAGAAGAGAAAGAAGAGCGAGGACGACGAGUGAGGGGUGACACGGAUUUCGGACAGAGAGAAGGCGGAAGAAACUGUGUAGACUGGAGCAGGUGUCUGUUGCAUCUUUGCAGAAAAGGGGUCGCCACGUAUGUAGGUGAGGUGUUAGCUCACUCAAGAUACCCUUCCAUUAAGAGUUCAAGAGUCUUCUGACAUGUCGGCGAUCCCCUCAGACUACACCACCUGAAGGGUUGUAAAUCAAAAGCGAAAUGUCAAUAUAGGGA